AUGCAAAGUUCUUCGGGCUUAUUUCAAAACUUUGAUAAGUAUGUUUACUCUACUGGUCCCUGUUUGGAGUCAGUGCUGGAGGUUGGAGGUGAGGGAGAAAUAGGCGGAGACAUCGAUAGAAAGCGUGAUGGAAACUGCACUCAAACGUCUCUCGAUGUCAAUGUCGCUGUUUCUGCUGGUGAUGAUGAUUUUGGUGGCGGUAAUGGUGGAUUCGAGUGUGAAUUCGAUUUCAGACUUACUUCUAAAACGCCUCCUGUUCCAGCGAUAGCUUGUUUGUCUUUCAGUCGCUCACCGUUCAUAGGUGCUGUUGCCAAGGAUGAUGAUGCUGAUGAUUUUGGUGGAUUCGAAUGUGAGAUCGAAUUCGCACUCAUUCCCAAAUUGCCUCAUGUUCCAGCGAUCGUUUUUUCGCCUUCCCCGCGUUCACCGGUAGUACCGAGUGGCUUCAGCGCUCCUAGGGCAUACGACGUAGUUCGCGGUGAUUCAGCUACACUUGAUUUGUCUACGUUUGACAUUUGCGCACAGUCGCCCAGGGUGGGAACACGUGAUGCGUUGGAGACUGCAGCCAACGCGCAUGUGGGUCGGUCCACUCGCCAUUUUCCCUGCAGCGUUCCUCAAGGCUCUGUCCUCAGUCCAACGCUCUUCAACAUCUACAUGCGAGACCUCCUACUCCCUCAGGCACCCGCGAAAGUGGUAUCGUACGCAGAUAAUAUCACGUUCUACUGUUGGUACCACCACAUGGUGGUGGACCAAUACAUCGAGCAGGCUGCGCAGCUCCUCUCAAAUUUCAUGCCUGAUAUCGCCAACUUCUUCGCCCAGCGCGGGGGUUGA